CUUCAGUAUCUUUGUACAUAGACUAACCUAUAUACAAAGACAGUAAGUAGUACCAUAUUAUUUAUUAGUAUUAGUAAAUAAUCACAGACGGAUGAGUGAAUAGUAAUGGACUCUGCUAGCAGUAAAUGUUCAGUUUGCGAUACAGAAUUCACCGAAAAAAAAAACUUAUAUCGUCAUUUACGAAAAUUUCAUCAGAUAGAGCCGCUAGAAUAUAUAUCGAAACCAGUACCUAAAUUUGAAUGCAGUGUUUGUGCUAAACAUUUUUCUUACCUGUCCUCAUUACUUCGACAUAUUCGCCAAAAUCACCUUACCGAUGAUGAGGGGGAUUACUUGAACAUUGGGGCAGUUAGAAAGAUAAGGAUAUUAUGUCCACAUAAGAUAUGUAAUGAAGAGUUCAUGAAUUAUAAAAAAUUGCGAGAACAUUUAUUAGAACAACAUGAUGUUCAUGUGGAAUAUGAAGAAUUAACUUUUAAUUCAAUUGCUGGUUUUGAGGAAUGGAAAGAUGAAAUUCAACACAGUACGAUGUCCUUAUAUACCCAAGAUUCUGCAGGUUAUCAAUUGAAAAAUGGAAGCAAUAGAAUAUUUUAUAACUGUCAUCGCUCCUAUUCCGCUAAGAGUAAAGCCAAACAUAUUGGAGCUAAAUCAAUCGUUAGUAAUAAAAUAGACAAGGCUUGCCCCUCGAGAUUGGAAGUAACAACAACAGAAAUUGAUGGAGAAACACUAAUAACCGUCAAAUAUUGGAAAACCCACCACGGGCAUGACGAACAAAUCGGAAGAAUAACAAAAAAAAAAAAAAAAAGUUCGAACCUCAAUAUGGACACAAUGAACAAAUUGAAAUAAUAAAAAUUGAAUUCGACUCUCAAAAUAAUGAUAACUUGAUAAGUAAAGCAGAAUAUAUUUCAAGCUUAGUGAAAAUCGUCUCACUUAGUGAAGAAGAUAGUUUGGCGAUUGAGAAACAAUUAGACAGCUUAAUAGAAAGCAUUGAUGAGGCAAAAUUACCUGAUGUAAAUAUCAAAGUAAAUGGAAAACAUACAAUUGAUGAACAAGAAGAAAAUUACACAGUGAAAAUACCAAAGCUCGAAAGCUUAUGAAUGAAAAAUCUGUAUUGUAAAAUUCAUUACUUUAAUCUAGACAUUGCUCAUUUCAAGUGUCUGACAUAAUACCUAUUGUAUAUAGUAUAUAUGACUUACCAUAAAUGUAAUUUUGUAUAUAAAGUGGUCAAAUAGAUUACUCUAUUUGAUAUAAAAAUGAAAAUACUCUAUUAGGAAUCAUGCGUUAAAAGGUAAGACCUCG